AUGUACUGUUUGACUCCAUGUAGGCAUGUUUGCCUAGUUUUAUUGUGUGAAUUGACCUAUCAGCGUCCUGGUGAGGCAGAACCGUCCAAACUUCUAUGCCACUAUUCACAUUUACCACCCUCCCCGUUCCCGGGGCUGGCGCCUACACGGACGUCUUUUUUAGUUUCUUUCUUCUUUUUCUCUCUCUCUUUUAUUCAGAACUAUUCCAGGCCUUGA